AUGAUAGCGCAUUCUGCUCAAAGAAUUUAUGGUAGAGUGCAAGUGCCGCAGAUGAGUUACCCGGACUUAGCGGAAGCAACUUUGGAAACUGGUCCUUUUGAGUCGAUGAGGAAAUAUAGUAAAUGCUUUAGGCAUCUCGUAGAUUUCACAAUAUGUUUCAAUUUGUUUGGGUCUUGCUGCGUGUACCAGAUUGUGAUAGCUCGUACCAUCAAGCAGCUUGUUGAAGGGACCGAUGAGGUUACUCUCGAAGGUAAUCCGCCGUUGAGAGUAUACAUUGCUGUGCUCGUCAUACCAUGUGUACUGAUUGGCAUGAUAACCACCUUAAAAUAUUUGGCACCGUUUUCGAUCGUGGCUGAUUUUAUUAUAUUUACGGUGGCGUGUGCAACAGUGUACUAUGCAGUUAAAUUGGCAGACGUUAGUUCUUUAGAUAGGCCAGUAUUCAAAACUGUGGCCGGUCUAUUUGAAUUUAUGGGAGUCUGUACAUUUAGUAUGGAAGGUAUAGGGGCUGUUAUGGCAAUCGAAAAUAAUAUGGAGGAACCUAAGAAUAUGGGGCUUGCAUUAUUUGGAGGCAUGUCAAUUGUUGUUAGCAUUGUAGUUACAGUCGGAUUCUUUGGAUAUUGGGGUUUUGGGGAAGGCGCUAGAUCUCCUGUAACGUUAAAUUUUCCUUUAGAGCCAUUUCCUAUAGCUCUCAAAGUACUACUAGGAGUAAUGAUAUACGUCACAUUCGCCCUAAACUUUUGGUUCCCUUUCGAUUUAAUGUGGCAUUACAUACAAAAAGGAUAUGAUCCAUCCAAAUAUUGGCUUUGGGAAAGAGUGUACAGAGCAAUUUUUAUAUGUGGUAUCACAACCAUAGCUGUUACAUUUCCAAAUGUAUCUAAAUUUAUUGGAGUGCUAGGUUCUUUUUGUAUAUCCAACAUGGGUUUCAUCUACCCAGCGUUCAUCGAACUAUGCUUGGACUGGACGGACCCAGGGCUCGGCUUCAUGAAGUGGAGGUUCUGGAGGUUUCUCAUGAUCAUAGCCUUCGGCCUUACUCUAUGCAUAGUUGGUACUGUUACUAAUGUUAGAGGACUUAUUCAUGAAUCGUUU